ACAGAGAAAAACGUUAUCCUACUUCUCGCUCCUGCUGCAUUCACUUCACGGCCCAUGAUGGCGGCGGCGGCGGCGGUGAGGCGCGCCGCCAGUGGCCUCUCCCCUCUGCUCCUCUCCUCGUUGCCUCGAACUAGCCUGCGCCACAGCGAGUCCCUACCCCGUCUUCUUCGUCCCCACCGCAUCCCUCCGCACCCCGCCAAGCCCUUCUGCUCCGCGGCCCUUUCCUCGAAUGGCGCGGCUGCGGAGAGAGCCCGGGACCUGCACCUGUACAACACGAAGUCGAGGAGGAGGGAGCUGUUCCGGCCGCGGGCGCCCGGCGGAGAGGUCGGCAUGUACGUCUGCGGCGUCACGCCCUACGACGACAGCCACAUCGGCCACGCCCGCGCCUACGUUGCCUUCGAUGUCCUCUUCAGGUACUUGCGUUAUUUGGACUAUGAAGUACGCUACGUCCGGAACUUUACUGACAUCGAUGACAAGAUAAUUGCAAGAGCUAACCAAUUGGGGGAAGAUCCUUUUAGCUUGAGCAAAAGGUACUCUGAUGCUUUCUUAUCGGACAUGGCUCAUCUUCAAUGUCUGCCACCAUCUGUGGAGCCCCGUGUUUCAGAUCACAUUGACCAGAUUGUAAACAUGAUUAAGCAGAUCCUUGAUAAUGGUUGCGCCUAUGUUGUCAGUGGGGAUGUUUAUUUCUCUGUUGACAACUUUCCCGAAUAUGGGAUGUUAUCGGGUCGAAAGCUAGAUGAUAAUAGAGCUGGUGAAAGGAUUGCAGUUGAUGAACGGAAGAAAAACCCAGCUGAUUUUGCUCUAUGGAAGGCUGCCAAAGAUGGGGAGCCAUGGUGGGAUAGCCCUUGGGGUCCGGGCAGGCCAGGAUGGCACAUAGAAUGCAGUGCCAUGAGUGCACAAUACUUGGGCAAUUCUUUUGACAUACAUGGUGGUGGAGAGGACCUUAUAUUUCCACAUCAUGAGAAUGAAAUUGCUCAAAGCCGUGCGGCAUGUUGUGACAGUAGCAUAAAUUACUGGAUACACAAUGGUUUUGUCAAUGUAAAUAGCCAAAAAAUGUCUAAAUCACUUGGUAACUUUGUCACUAUACGCAAGGUUAUAGAGCAGUACCACCCUCUUGCAUUGAGGAUGUUUUUACUUGGCACACACUACAGGUCCCCGAUCAACUACACAGUAGAGCAGCUUAAUGUUGCAUCAGAUAGAUUGUACUACACUUAUCAGACAUUACGGGAUUCUGAAGAAAGUACUCAGAAGGACCAAAUCAAUAGUGAAGAUGCAUUGCCUGCUACCACCACACAUUGCAUCGAGAAGCUUCAAAAUGAAUUUGAGACUUCAAUGUCUGAUGAUCUUCAUACUUCAGUGGCACUGGCUGCAAUUUCCGAGCCAUUGAAAGUUAUGAAUGAUUUGCUGCAUACACGCAAGGGAAAGAAGCAGGAAAAACGAUUGGAAUCACUUUUUGCCCUGGAAGAGAAAAUAAGAACAGUGCUUUCUGUUCUGGGGCUGAUGCCUUCAAGUUAUUAUGAGGCUCUACAACAGCUCCGGGAAAAGGCGCUGCAAAGAGCUUCCAUCACCGAGGACCAAGUGCUGCAGAAGAUCGAAGAAAGGACCUCUGCAAGGAAGGCGAAACAGUACGAGAAGUCCGACGAGAUAAGGAAAGAGUUAGCCGCUCUUGGAAUCGCCCUCAUGGACGGCCCGGACGGAACUACCUGGAGGCCAUCCGUACCGUUUUCCGAGCAAGGGGUGGUUGCCAAUAAGACAUGAUGAGUGAUUGAUCUGAUAUAAUUUGAUGAAUCAGAGGACUUGCAGUAAAUUAGAUGUAGAGAUUUUGAUUUAAUUUCUUUCACCUGCAUCUUCUGUUCUUGCUGAAACAUCCUUGACGCGGGACAACAUUUUUAGCUUGCAUAUUGCUGAGCAUUUUGACUGGUAAUAUACGUUUUGUACUUUUCAAAUUGAUGAGAAUAUAUACUGGUUGAGUGGUUC